AUGUGUUCAAGGCGAAGUGAGACUACUUGUACUAUAUUGGGACCUUAUAAAGAACUUGACGAUCGCCAAUUACCUGUUAUAAAAGACGUUAUUAAGUGCAUUUUAUUUACUAAAAGUGAAUUAAAACUACAGAAAAACGGAAAAGAUCCAUCGAACACAGUGGUCUUUUCAAUAGUUUCUGGAAAACUUAACAUAAUUUGGACCAAAGCUUCAAUUCCCAUCGUUACUAACGUACGGGUUAAUCAACUGCUAACCGCAUAUUUUAACAAAUAUUUAUCACUAAUAAGAUAUCCUAAAAGUAAGAGAAACGAUAGCUAUGACAACAAAGUUAAGUGCUUUUUGGAAUCGUCAAAUAAGCUUUUUGACAUCGCUGCUUGUAAGUGCACUUCGUUUGAAAAUUGUUCCUGCACUAAACCCAAGAAAGUUCCCAUUUCUGAAAGAGAUUUUUUACUGGACCAAAGAAAUGAUAGGAAAAUGGCAAUAAGCGGCGUAGACGCAAAAGAAACUGCAAGGCUUUUAAAGAAACAUCAAAGACAAGAAAAUUUGAAGCGGACAGAGCAAGCAUGUUUUCCGAGUACUUCACAAACCGAUACUGUACCGGUACGCGUGUUGCCGCCUUGUUCACAGUCGCUUUCAAUAGAACCUUCUACUAAAAGUGACUUAAAGGAGUCUCCAUCUAAUUCAUUUAGUCGGAACACUCUGACGCUGCCAACAGUAGCUAAGGUAUGUGAUCGAUACGGACUAUCAACGCGUUCGGCAGCUGCAGUCGCUUCAGCAGUCUUAGUUGACGUAGGAAUGGUAUCUUCCGAAGAUCUAAACCUUGUGAUUGAUAAAAAUAAGAUUCACAGAGCUGUUUCAAAGUCACGUACCCAAGCCAGCAAAGACAUCGAUAAAAUUAUUAUAAAGAGUAUCUACUUCGAUGGGCGAAAAGAUAAAACUCUCAAGAUCAAUAAAAUAGACAGCCGGUACCACCGAAAAGAAGUCUUAGAAGAACACAUUUCAGUUCUUACAGAGCCGGGAUCUAUUUACUUGGGACAUACGACGCCGAGUCGAGGUACUGCGAAAGGGAUUGUCACUUCUAUUAUAGAAUUGUUAGAAAAUCAAGGAUGGAACUUAGAAGAAGUAAGUUGUGUGGGUUGCGAUGGCACUCCUACAAAUACAGGUUGGAAAGGAGGUGUCAUUAAAUACCUGGAAGACUAUUUGAAGAGACCGUUACAAUGGUGUGUUUGUAUGCUUCACACAAAUGAAUUACCGCUUCGCCAUUUGUUUAUGUCUCUAGAUGGUAGCACAUCUGGGCCGAAAGAAUACUCAGGACCUAUUGGAAAACAGCUAAAUGUUUGUGAAAGUAAACCACUAGUGUCUUUUUGUGCAGUGGCUGGCAAUUUGCUCGAAUUACCUGAUGACAUUGUGAAGGAACUAAGUACGGAUCAAAAGUAUCUGUAUGAAAUGUGUCAUGCUGUGACGACUGGUUCUUUUUCCCCUGAGUUAGCGAGCCGCCAACCUGGAAAAAUGGCGCAUUCAAGAUGGCUAACUACUGCCAAUCGCAUACUCAGACUUUAUUUUGGUUCCUCAUUAAGAAAAACUCAUCAUUCAAAGAUGGAGCCAAUCAUAUUUUUCAAAUGGUUACAUACUCCCGAUUUUUGCCUGAUAAGCAAAGAUCUAUUGUGA